AAUCUUGAAGAAGGUAUAUCUAAUUGUGUGGUUACAAUAGAACAGGGCAUCACACAAGAUACAUAAAAAGUGUGCCUUUCUGUAAGUAGAAUUGUUAUUUAUGAUGAAAUUGGAUUUUUUAUUACACUAUUCCAUUCAUUGAACAGGUUAUAAAUGAGGCACAAAGUUGGGAAAAUCCAAGAGAUCUUUAUGAAGUAAAAGCCAGGGUUCUAAUGGAUCAAAGAGACGUUGAGAUGGAGGAUACUGGAAGGGUUACAGAAGAUGAAGUUGUGGGUGGUGAAGAAUUUGUGGAGAAGGAGCAAAUAGGUUCAAAAGAAGUUGGAGAUGAACAGGAAGAGUCGGUCGGUUUAGUCAACACAAACCCGAACGAGAUUGAAACAAGUCAAGAAAACCCAAGUAAGGUAGAUGAAGAGGAGACGCACCCUAGCGAAACCGAGCCGGAACUGCAUGUGGAUGAGGUUUACGAUAGCAAGAAAGACGCUGCAGAAAUUGUUGAUGAUAAGAAUAAGAUUGAUGAUAGUAACUUAGUAAGGAUGAUGCUACAUAUAUGGAUGAUGUUCAUGAUGGUUCUAUGAAGAUGCCAGAGAGUAACAAGGAAGGGGAUCCUAGAGGCGAUGAAAAUCAUCAAGAACUUGUUACAUCCAAUGCCCUUGUGGAACAUUCACCUAUUAAAACAGAUGAUCUUUGUGCGGAGACACUGAAGAAUAAGCUAGAAAACGCAAAGAUGGAUGAGGGCUAUGAAUCUGGGACUCAAGAGGAUCAAGAAAUAUUCGCGCAAGAGGUGGAUGCUGUCUAUAGGGAAAAAGGCUUGGAAUUUAAGCCACCAAAGUUUUAUGGGCAACCGUUAAAUUGUCUCAAGUUAUGGAGGUCUGUUAUCAAAUUGGGUGGAUAUGACCGGGUUACUGGAUCCAAAUUAUGGCGACAAGUAGGAGAAGCUUUCCACCCACCCAAGACAUGCACAACUGUCUCCUGGACAUUUCGCCAGUUCUAUGAAAAGGCACUUCUCGAAUACGAAAGGCACACAAUCCAGAUUGGUGAGCUUGAAUUCCCCCUUUCGACUGUCUUCCCAGAUGCCCCUAAUGUUGAUAAUGAGGCAAAUGGCCAUCAGACCCCAGGAUCAGGUAGGGCCCGCAGGGAUGCGGCAGCUCGUUCCAUGCAGGGUUGGCAUGCUCAACGCCUUUUAGGUUUCGGUGAGGAAAAGAAUUCCAGCAGUUCACCGAAGCGCGAAAAAAGUCUCAGAAGCAUUGGGUCGAUAAAACAAAAGAGACCAAGUGAAAUGGACUAUUCUGUGAAAGCUGCACGAACCGAAACAUCUAGGCAAGUUGUCACCACAGUUGCUGAUGUUGGUCCUCCUGCUAACUGGGUGAAAAUUAACGUUCGAGAAACUUUCUGGAGGCUUUAAUGACGAUUCUAACAGCUGCAGUAACGAUUGCGACACCGUAAGGGGCUAUUAACGGAUAUUUGUUAUGUGAAAGAAUAGGUGGUGUUCAUAUUGGGUUGAGUUAGGGCACAAUAAGUGGGUGAUUCAGGACAUUUGUUUUGGUGUAAUUGUUGAUGUGUGUGACCUCAUCGAUGGCUGAUUAAGGGCUGGUGUGAGUGGGAAAUUGAUGGCGAUCGCAAUCAGAGGUCAACAUGUUACAGCACAGCUUGGUUAGCGACUAUUUGCUGAUAUAUUGUUAUGGAGGAGGAGUUGUUCUAAUCGUUUCCGCAAUCUUCUGGUUUCUGUUUGAAAUAUGAGGUUAUAACAUCGUGGCAUUCGUCGCUAAAAAUCUGCUGCUUUUGGUUGUUAUACUCUUUUUCUGGGCUAAAUCUGCAACCCUUCUCAAUAGGUUUGUUUUUACAUUUGGUUCUUGAGACUGAUAACAGUUGUGUUAGGUUUUUGAAUAACAAGUUAUUCUAGACAAAAUAGUGUAAGGAAAGGAGUCUGCAGGCAUAAAUUAAUAGUUAUUGAUUCCAGUAUUGGACCACACUUGGCAUUGAUGAAUCUUUUAAUGGGUCCUCUUUGUUAAAUUUUACAUAGAUGCACUAACAGAUUCAACAAAUUGGCAUAUGAGGGUGUUUAUGUUUGUUUGAAAUUGCUUUAUAUAACAACUUAUAUGAUUCUUGAAGUUUUUAAAAGUAGAUAAUCACUUUUGAGAGUUUGGAUGAAGAAAAGGGCUCUUUGCUGUGGGUGAACAAAUAAAUUAUUUCGUCUACUGCUUUAGUUGGAGAAUCAUCAGCUUCUUGAUCAAUCAUCGCCACUAUCACCAUUGAAGGGAUCAAAUGUCGAUCAACAACUCCACCAGACUCUCCAAUUUCUCUUCUGCUCUCCGUCUAGCGACCGAUUUGGUGCCUCCCUCUGUUCAAGCGUUAAUGUUACAUCUUCAAGGUCACUGUCACAUAUAGAAAAGGAACCAUGGCUCUAAACUGAUGGCACUUGCACACAUGAAUCUUCAACCAUAUGUGUCAUUAUCCAAGGACAUGGAGUUAUUGAUGGUUCAGGGCCAUAACUGAUGGGCUGCAACUUAUUGGAUCAACAAAUGUUUUUUUUUCAAAACAUCAAAAAUCAUAACAGGUUGUUAGUUUUUUUUGUUAUGUAUUUAAAAUUCUAAACUACAUAGAUAAUAACAUUGAUCAAUGUGUCGAUUUAGGCUAUAUUUAUUUUUAGUGGGUCAAACAAACAAAAAUAGCUGCAAAGAAACUGGUCAAAAUGGAUGAAAGGAUCAAAAUGAUGUGUUUUUGAAAGGAUCAACUUUGGUUUGUCCCAUCUGGCGGGAGUUAUGGGUGGGCAUUGAGACGCUAUGGCGGGAGUUAUGGGUGGGUCAAACAAACAAAAAUAGUUGCAAAGGAAACUGGUCAAAAUGGAUGAAAGGAUCAAAAUGAUGUGUUUUUGAAAGGAUCAACGUAGGUUUGUCCCAUCUGGCGGGAGUUAUGGGUGGGCAUUGAGACGCUAUUUCGGACCAUAACUGUUGGGAAAGGCCGGAGGAUAAUGAAUUUGGAUGGGAUAACAAACAUGCAGGCAUCAAUGUUUUCAUUUCAAAGCCAUGGUAGGGCAAAUCGGAUGGAUAUGUGAAACAAAGAUUUAAACCCAAGGGCUCCUACCAAUUUCAACCACUUUCUCACCAAUUCAACUCUGUAAGUUUCAAUUCACGUCUUCUAGAUCUGUUCAUACAUUAAUUUACGUGCUUUAUGAGGUUCGAUUGUUUGUAAUUUGUUGAAAUCAGAUGUGAUGUUACCCAAUCUGUGACAGUUUAUUGAAUGGAGAUUGUUUAUUUGUUAA